AUACACUCAUUCGUGGUUGGCUGGGGCUAGAGUUGGGUUGCAGUGAGAAGUCAAAAUGACUCGCCAAGCAAUAUUUACACUAUUAAUGAAUUUAGUUACCAGCUGAAGGAUGUGAAUCAUUAUUUCUCAUCGUGUAUGCGUAGUACUUGACGUGCAUCGAAAUUGUUUUGAUGUAUUGUCAGCGUGGAGUAGUUGAUAGGUACAGUGUAAGCACAAGUAUGUAAAGACGUUUAACAUACGGUUACAUAGCUAUUUAUGGUUUUCGUGAAUGAGUUUGUUUAGUGACACCCAACCGCGGUGAAAGAUAGCGUUAAGUUGCUCUCUGGUUAUUGUGAGUAGGAGGCAAAGAUGUAUGUGAAAUCAACUUACAUACCAGUUCGAAGGCGGAAGAGGAGGAAGCGUUUCCCAGCAGCUGUAAUUGAAGAUAACUUGAACUCCAGUUUUUAUUUGUUCAAUGCUUUGAAUGCUGACAGUAUAAAGAAGUUCAAAGCAGACCAGAAAUGUAAUCCAAAAAAGAAGAAGAAGCCUAAAAAGUUGCAGAAUAGUGUCCAUUUUGAUACAACUACUGUAGAUUCGAAAGCAGAGAAAGAGAACAGGAAAAAGAGUAAAAUGAAGGGAACUAUGAGGAAAGAGGGUGUUGCUGCAGCAAAAAAGUACAAAUUUUUCCAGCCAGAAGUAAAGGUCUUUAGCGAUGUCACACACAGCCCAAACACAACAUUUGAUAGGUUACUUCGCAGUUCCAGGAAACCAUUGGUUGACAAAAAUUCGUUGAGUGGUGUGAAACAUCAGGUUGAACACAUUGACUCAGUGCUACUUUCACCUUCGCAUUGUCUACCAAUAGACAAAGGAAGUAACAGAACAAGUACUCCAAUUUUGAUUUCACCUGUUUUCCCAGCAGUUUCAGUUCGUAAUAAACGAAGGAACAACAAUAAUGAUCUGAAGAGAGAUGGCAGAAAUAUGUUGACACAGGAGUUAAGGAAUAGUAUUGAAAAUAUUGAGAAAUCUUCCCAACACCACUCUUCCAUUUUGGCUGCCUCUGAUUCCACCUCUUCACCUUCACCGCUUCUGUGUAAUGCAGAUGACACUGAUGGAUCCAAUGUGGUCAGAUUUCUUGAAUCACGUGCACAUAUUUCUGAAUGUCUUCGUAACAAAAUUGUAGAACAGUGUAAAUGUGAGGAUAGUCCCUUCUCCCAGAUUGCAAAAAUGACUAGAAAUAGUAUUGAAAAUGAGAACAUUGAUUACAAAAUUACACAUCAAGAUUCUUCUGGAAAUAUUUCAGGAAUGAGAAUGAGAUUGAGGAGAACUACGGCAAGUGAAAAUGAAGGGCCUAAUAAUACUGAUAACUCAUUUAAUCCUGAUGAAAGUUUCUAUUCAUCAGUCAAAAUAAAACAUAAAAGGAAUAAGAAAACAAAGAAUGGAUGUGACAAAGUUGAUAGCACUCGAAGUUCUGAUGAUUUCCUUUCGCGAAUUUUCACAAGAUCUAAGAGAACUAGUGAGAGUCAGGGUGUAUGUGAGAAAGCUAUUGGAGUUCAGGAAUUUAUAAGUGUUCAUGAUUCUAAUAAAAGAUCUGGUAGUGACAGUGUGUAUAAUAAAGAUAAAAGCAAUUGUAAUAUUGACGAAAGCAUACCUUCGUCAGUCAGAAUUAAACAUAAGAGAAUUGAGAACAGAUAUCAAACACGUUCUAGUCAUCAACAUCGUGAGAGAUACUUGGUGCCACUAGUUAGUGGUUCCCGGCACAAUGAAAGUGGAAGCAAUAGUGACAGCACAACUUGGGAUAGACCAGAGUUUGGCCAACUUCAAUUUGCAAUGACUUGUGAAAGUCCUGACAUGUUCUCUUCUGUGGAUGAGAUUGAAACUGAUAUGGUUGCAUUUCAAUGUGGAACUGUAGUUCAAAAGAACCAUUUGAACUUCCCUGACGAAAGUGCCUCAAGUAGAAAUAUGUCUUCAGACUCUGUUAUUACAAACAAUUCUCAUGAGUACCAUAGGUCACUCACGUCAAAUGAUGCACAUUCAUUUAAUUUACAUGUAAGAAAAGCAGAGUUCAGCCACUCAGUAUCUUCAGUGGAAAUCAAAGGUAGCAGUGAUGUGGAUAGGAAGUCAAUAGGUAACAUCAUUAACUUAUCUUCACAGGUUAGCAAUACACUUAAUCUCACCAGUCCAGUACAUGCAGGACUAUCAGAUUCAAUAAUUACUUCAGUACAGAGUUCAGACUGUGAUAAUGUAGUAAAUGAAGUGUGUGCUAAUAGAAGUAAGUCAUUAGAGGCAGAAUUUGACAAUGGUGGCUCUUUUAGAGCUACUGCAAUUAAAAAUUUAAUGCCAGUCGAUCCUGAAGUAAAUCGGUGCAGCAGAAUAACUCGGAAGUCUGCUCGUAGUUCUUCAAGUGCUGCAGUGUUAUCGUCCCCUUCACACAUUGAGACAUGCAUACCUUUACACAAAGAUGUGUGUACAACUAACAUGUUGUCACAGGCAACUCAUCAAGAAGAAGAAUCAGAGAAUGUGUCCGAUGUUUUAUAUCGAGCUGCUGACAGCCACGAAUUGAGCUAUUGUAAAGGGCAAAAUUUGGCCCACAGCACAAGUCUGUACUGUGGAAAAAAUGCAGAACUGUCAUAUCGUAAUCCCAGCAGGAGGUCCAGUCUGUGCAGGAGGCUUUCGCAUGUGGUAAUUCCAGAGAGGCGGACACGAGGAAGUAAUAAUUCAAAUGGAUCAUUGCCAGUAUCUGAUGAAAGAUCUGUCCCCCUUUCAGAUUUUACCGUCUCCGUAAUAAUAGAGGAAGACGAAGACGAACUGGCUCCUGAAGUUGCGACUCAAGGACUAGUUUCUGCAAGGGACAUGGUACUGGGCAGGUGUAACCAGCUCGAACACCUUAAUUUUGAGAAGGCCUUUCCACCCAGGUUUUUUGACAAUUGUAAGAAGAUAGGUGAAGGCUUAUAUGGAGAAGUGUUUUUCUGUCAGUAUAAUUGUACCUCUGACAGGGUGCUUAAGAUUAUCCCCAUUGAAGGUCAUAUGUUGGUGAAUGGGGAGAAACAAAAAAAGUAUGCAGAAGUCCUUUCAGAAUUGGUUAUUGCUAUGGAAUUGAGUAAUUUACGUCAUGAUGCACAGUUCAAAACUAGCUGCUUUGUUGAGGUUGCUCGUUGUGUGUGUGUUCAAGGAAAAUAUCCACAAAGGCUUAUUGAUCUCUGGAAUGAAUAUCAUGAGGAAAAAGUGUCUGAAAAUGAUUCACCAACUAUCUUUGAUGACAGCCAACUCUUUCUCAUAUUUGAAUUGGCUGAUGGUGGCAAAGCAUUGGAAAGUUACUGUUUUACAUCAGCUGCCCAAGCAUUUUCAGCCUUUGUUCAGUUAGCAUUUGCUUUGGCAGUAGCAGAGAUCACUCUGGAAUUUGAGCACAGAGAUUUACACUGGGGUAAUGUGUUAAUAAAGAAGACAUCAGCAAAGCAUAUUACUUUCAAAUUAAGUGGAAAGGAAUUUUCAGUUCCAGCAAAUGGAAUACAGGUCACAGUUAUAGAUUACACUUUAUCGAGAAUGUCAUAUGGUGGCUGUUGCAUUUUCAAUGAUCUGGCUGUGGACCCAGACCUUUUCAUCUCACAAGGAGAUUAUCAGUUUGAAGUGUACCGCUUAAUGCAAAAUACAGUGAAAAAUGAAUGGAGAAAUUUCAGGCCCUACACGAAUAUUCUUUGGUUGCACUACACCUUGGGCAAAAUGUUGCAAGGUGUCCAUUACAAAAACAUCUCCACGAAGAUUCACAAGAAAUUUAGAACAAAGCUAGCUAACUGUUAUAAUGAUGUAUUGAAGUAUAAUAGUGCUCAUGAUUUAGUGACUAGUGGGAAUUUACUGGAAAUGCUUAAAUAAUAUCUUCCAAAGAUGAAUGUUUCUGUUGAAGUGGUCAUACACAGCUGAAGUUUCUUUGUGCAGAAUGUAUAAUAGUGUUAGUGUUACGGUCUGAUUCUCUAUUGUUACAAAGUGCAAAAAAAAUACUAACAGAUAUUGACAUUGCCUUCUGAGGCACAAUGAAUAAACCAGCUAUUCUUUAGAAAUUGGCACCAAAAUCAAUUGCAUAUGACAAGCAUUGUAUGCUCACAAUUGUAUGUUUUUUGCCGUAUCCUGUAGGUUUUUCACCUGGUAUUCUGCUUUUGGGGGAAAGUAUCUUCCGAACACAAGUCAAAUAACGUUCCACUAAACAUGGCUGUAAUUAACUUCUGAUUGCUUCAUUUUUAUUUAUAAUUGAUGUUACGUGUGAGGUGAUCAGCAUUGUCACUAGUAAAUGGUGGACAACUACAUUCAUAGGCAACAUAUUGCAAAGUUCUCAAAUGGUGGUCAUAAUUUCCUAAAGGCCAGGGGGGUUCACAUUUUACACAAUCGGUUGUCGAUUGACUGGUAUUAACGCACCGCUUUUGUUGCAUUUUUAUGUUUGACCGCAGAAUUUCUCAAAGUAAAAGUACACUUGCUUGCACAGUGAUAGCUAAUCUGUGAUUGGUUGAUAGCAACACAGAUAUUGACAGUUUGAUUGACUUAUAAUGAGGUGUUAAUGUUCUGGUAGCUAAAAGGAACUCACUACAUGCUGUAUGCCAUGCACCUAUUUAUAGAAGAACGUAAUAUGAAAAAUCAUAAAAUGUUGAAUUAGA